CUCCCCCUGCCCCCCGGGCCGGAGUCAGCGACGGGGGCGAUGGUGGGCGGGGGUCGCAGCAGCGAGCUCACACCAGAUGUCCAGGGCUGGGCCUUGGCGGCCUCCCCUGCCCGGCGGAGGAAGAAGCUGACCAGGAGACCUGGCUACAUGAGAGCGGAGUUCCAGCCCCCGUCGGAGAGCCGGCUUCCCUCCUCCUGGACCCCCCCUUCCUCCCGGACCCCCGAGCUUGGCCGCCCUUUGCGGCCAGAGUCGGUGCCCCAGACUGGGCCCUGCCCUUGGGCCCCAGGAUCCGGGUGCUGGACCUUACCCGAGGCCAACCGCCCCCAUGGCCCCCCACCCCCUAGCCCGGGGGGCACCCGCUGGGCACUGCAACUGGGCCCGGAAGCCCGGCCGGGGACCAGCGGCCCUGGAGCCGUGUGGCCCAUGGAGACCCCCUCUCCCGGCCCCCGGGAUGCCCCUGAGCCCCCACCUGCCAUGCUGGGGGCCUUGGACUCCAACUUCAGCUUCAUCCGCCUGGCACUUCUGGCCGCAGAGGAGCGCGGGAAGGUGGAGGGCUGUGUGCCCCCCAGGGCCCGUGGGCCGAGCUUGGAGCAGGCCUGUCCGGGACUCCCGGGGCCUGCCCGUGGGCCUCAGCGGGGCGAGGACACGUCUGGUGCACCCGCGGUGCCGGGUGGCGCGGCCUUGCCCCGGCCCACCUCCCCUCAGACUGCAGUCUGGGGGGUCCACCAGCCCCCGGGGUCCCUCCGUCUGGACUCCUCAGCGUCAGGGCCCGCCAGGCCCCCAGAGACCCCGGGCUGGGGGAGAAGCGAGAUGGCCGCCGAAGUCCGGGACCCGCUGAUACAGAAGGACGAGCCGCAGGCCCCGCCGACCUGCCAGCACAGCAAGCGUGCUGCCCUGUGGGUGGGGACGCUCCUGGGGGCCCUGUGGGGUUGGCUGCGGGGGCGACUGGAGGACAGCAGCGCCGUGGAGGACGAUGGCUUCGCCUCAGAGACACGGCAACGGGAGGCAGAGGAGGAAGAGGCAGAGGCCCCGCCGCUCCAGCCGGGAGCCGGAGUCAUCUCGGAGCAGGUCGGAGGCCGGCUGCGGGCCGCGGUGUCCGGGGACGCUCACCUGGUGGACGGCGGCGGGCUCCGGCCUCUGCCCGGCACGGGCUCCGGCCUCGGAUCCCCGGCCUCGCCCUCUCGCCUCUCCCGGCUCCUCCACCAAAGGCAGCGGGUGCAGCGGGAGAUGGUUGGUCUCCAGGCCAGGCUGCACGUGCUGGAAGCCCAAGAGCGGCGACUGAAGCGAGCCAUCGCCGACCUCGGCGCGGGGGAGAUGCCGGUCCCGACUCGGGUGGCUCCACGGCCGGAGCCCCCGGGAAUCAUCAAGGGCCCCGGCGAAAGAGACCAGACCAUCCACCGGCCCGCCAGAGGGACGGCCAUCAAAGUCCACGCCCACCGGGAGCUCAGCCGGGCAGCGAGGGAUGGCGAGGCAGCCCCCCCAGCCCUGCGAGGAUACCAGGCGGAGGCCAGGGCAGAAACCGGCGGACAGGACAACGCUGUGAAAUACACCAAGAAACCGGAGGAUGACCUACAAAGCCCGGGAAGGCCGGUGCUACAGAGGGUGCAGGAAGCCGACCUGGAAGCCUGCCAGCUAUUGAUCCGGGAAUUCCAGCUGGCUGAGGGUUGCGCCGGCAACACUGGGAGAGAACAACAGGAAGAGGAGGAGGAGCAGGUGACCGUGGCCGCUCCACUGAGGGCAGGUGGCAAUUUGCCUGAGGACCUCCCCCUGAGCGCCGAGGAGCUGGGAGGAUGGUGUGGAGCCAUCCGGGAGAAGCUGGGACUCCUGGAAGAGGGGCUCCACGUGGCCAUGGGCACUGGCGACCACGGCCUCGUCCCGAUUCUGGGCAGGGAGGUCCAGGCCGUCAAGGAGACGCUGCUGGCCCUGGUGGUCCGGCUCCGGACAGAGGCCGAGGCGGGACAAGAAGAGGUGGUCGGACCCUUGUGCCGGAGCGGCCGGGCCUCGGGCGAUGCAGGCUGGACAGGGUGAGGGGUGGGGGGCCCGCUGCGGGGGUCUGACAGACCGAGCGCCUCCAAGAACUACAGCCGGUUCUGCCCUUGUUCCCCCAGGAUGCUGGGCUUCCUUAAUCUAUGAAUGAGAAAUCCUCGUUAAUAAAACUAUUUUAUGAGGAAGGGAGCCCCGUGAAGCCGCGAACCCCUCCCUUUGUGAUUCUGUCGGCACCGCAGGCUCCGGCCCACAGUCCGGCCAACCUAGGAGAGUGUAUCUGAUUGUCUCUAUAUCA